CUCCCCAGGAGCAGCCCGGUCAUUUCCAGACGCCACAGGCCCAUCUCCUGGCAUGGAGGGGAAACAGACACAACGAAUCCACCAAGCUUGGACUCAUCUCCUGCUGCUGGUUCACUGUCUCUGCAUCAGCAUGGACGCCCGACAGGAGGCAGUAUGGAGGACCUGGGAUCCAAACCCAGUUCCGGUCACCGCUCGUCCCCUCGCCAGGAGGAGAAGAAGCAGCGCUGCAUCUCAGUCUCAUCAAAUCUGAACAAUUUUCUUAUCUCUCUGUUCCACCUGCCCUUCAGUGGACAGCAGGGUGACGAGCACAGAGGGCAGCGGCGAACCAGCUGUGAUGCCCCUCGCACACCAGGCCUCUCUACCUCAGCCAAACACAGUAAACAGAGGAGUUGCAGCGGUAUCCCAGAAUCCUCUGCAGACAUCUUCAAGACCAGCUGUGAGCUGGAAAAGGAAAACGCUCAUUUCAUCGUGGUGGACAUGGUGCUGGAGGUGCUGGAGGGUGUAAAGUGGACUCUGAGCUGCGACCCACGGACCUCAACCCAACACACAGCUACAAUAUACUGUGGAGUAGACACUACACUGACACCAAAAGAUUCUCUCAGAAACGCAGAGUGGCUGGCCCAGCAGCUGGUGCUGGAGUUCAGGAGGAGCUGGCUUCCUUCCCGUGAGCCUCGGCGUGGACGGCAGAGCCUCCGUAGCUCACUUCAGGAGCUGCCAGGUACUGGGAGAGUGGCGGUGAGUGGCGACAGCCUGACAGAGGAGAUCAGACUGAGGACCAGGAUGAGAGGAUCCCUGAACUGGGCUCCUCCUCGCUUCCAGAUCAUCUUCACAGUUCAGCCAACGCUCAGACGCAGUGAAGUCGUGGGCUUACAGCACUUCCUGUGUGCAGGCUGUGGGACUGAGGUGGAGCCCAGGUACAUCAAGAAACUGCGCUAUUGUGAAUACCUGGGCAGGUAUUUCUGUGACUGCUGCCACAGCGGCUCUGAGGCUGUGAUCCCUGGUCGAGUUCUGUCCUGCUGGGACUUUGGCAGGUAUCCUGUGAGUGAUUUCUCCAAACAGCUGCUGGACUCAGUUUGGCAUCAGCCUCUGUUUGACCUGACCUGUGUUGGUAAGACGCUGUGCAGCAGAGUGAAAGAGCUGGACAAGUUCAGGGAGCUGCAGGAGCAGCUGCUGGUCAUCAAGAAGCUGCUGAGAGCCUGCAGAUUAUCUGAGAGGGUGAUGAGUGAGUUUGAGCAACUUCCUGCUCACCUGAUCUCUGAGCAGCCACAUGUCUUCUCCAUGGACGACCUGCUGAGGGUGAAGAAGGGUCAGCUUGUGGCGCAGGCCAAGGCGCUGCAGCACUCUGCCAUCAGUCACAUUGAAAACUGUGAGCUUUGUCUGGCCCGAGGUUUUAUCUGCGAGUUCUGCAGAGAAAACGACAUCAUCUUUCCCUUUCAGAGAGACAUAUGUCGGCGGUGUCCGGUGUGCAAGGCCUGCUUUCACAAGCACUGCUUUGUGGAAAAGAAGUGUCCAAAAUGUGCACGGAUCCAGUCACGGAAAAAAACACUCAGAUGGAUGUGUGACGUGCAACGACUGAACAGCUGCAGCUCAGUGUCUCGACGUUUAAUGUAUCCCAGUCAGUGGACUCAUUUUGAAUUUUCAUGAAACAAAAAUGAAAGCCCUUUAAAAAUGUUACAUUUAAUGUUAAUUCACAUGCAGAUAGUCAUAUGAGCAGAUGUAGAUGUUUACAGGUCUUUUAUUACAGAGCUAUGAAUAAUAAAUUUCACUUUAAUUGUAAUAAACUGCAAGCCCAAGCCCAA